AUGUCUUUUCUCAGGACAGCUCAGCCAUGUCAGGCAAGUAGGGCUUGUCGGCUCCAGCUACACAGCUUUCAAUCACAAAAACGACAAUUCAGCCGGACACAAUCCAUUGCCGCACCCAUUACCGCAGAAGAAGUCCAAGGCGCUCACAAAUACUGUGUUACUCUUCUCUCAAAAUAUGACCGCCCUUCCUACACACUGAGCACUUUUAUCCCACGACAUGCGCAAUCCUUCUAUAUUGCGCUGCGUGCAUUAAACGUCUCCCUCUCUAUGAUACCCGACACAACCUCCUCCCCCACAAUUGGACUGAUGCGACUGCAAUUCUGGCGCGACUCGGUAACGAAGAUACUCGCCGGCACGCCACCAAAAGAACCCGUCGCUAUCUUGCUUGCAUCCGCCAUCUCCGAACUCCACGAGCGCACGCAGGGCCGCGCGCGGAUAAGCAAGGGCUGGUUGACCCGUAUAAUUAACUCGCGGGAGCAAACCCUAACCAACGACCCAUACCCGAAUAUCGCCGCGCUCGAGUCCUACGCCGAGAAUACAUACUCCACCCUCAUGUACCUCACUCUGUCGGCAUUGCCCAUGGCCUCGGUAACUGCGGACCAUGUAGCAUCUCAUAUCGGAAAGGCAGUGGGGAUAUCGGCUGUGUUGCGCGGGCUGCCGUUUGUUGCCUUCCCUGCGCCGUCUGCUCAAGCACCUGCUGGCGGGGCUGCGGGUUCCGCGAUAGGAGGGGGCGCGAAGCAGGGGGCCGUAAUGUUGCCUCUAGAUGUGAUGGCAGAGGCUGGUGUUAGGGAAGAGGAUGUCCUCCGGUAUGGAGCACAAGCCGAGGGCCUCCGGGAUGCUGUAUUUACUGUUGCGACGCGGGCAAGUGAUCAUUUGAUUACUGCACAGCAAAUGUUGAACAACCUCCACGCCGGAGAGGAUGUCGGUCAUGACUUUGAGCAUGAGGGCGAAGAGGGCCAUGAAUAUGAUGUUUCCCCUGGUGCUCGGAGCGGCGAGUCAGCUCUUGAUGAGGUCAACCGGGCAUUUGGCGUUUUCCUGCCGGCGGUCAGCACACGCCUGUGGUUGGAUCGCCUUGAGAAGCAAGACUUUGAUGUUUUCAGCCCGGAGUUGCUUCGGUCAGAAUGGAGACUUCCGUGGAAGGCUUACUCGGCCUAUCGACGGAAGUCUCUGGACUAA